AUGGGUUCCUUAAGUCCACAGUGUGAACAUUUGGUCUCUCAAGGCCUAAUGAACUUUGUCUUAUCUAUCCUGAUUGUGCUUGGAAUCGUGUUUUCCUAUUUGCCUCAGUUGAUCCGUAUCAUCAGGCUCAAAAGCUCAUUCGGAAUCUCACCGUAUUUCGUUCUGUUAGGAGCCACGUCCGGUACGUUUGCUUUGGCAAACGUGGUAUCUCAACAGCAAAGCCUGCAAGAUGUUGCAUGCUGCAAGGAUGUCAGCGGGCUGUCAUGCCUUGCAGGGCUACUAGGCAUCUUGCAGGUCGGAAUGCAGUGGCUCAGCUUCUUUAUGAUGCUUACUCUGUUCGUCCUGUUCUUCCCGCGAGGGACUUCUUCAGCCUUUCCGGAAACGUGCAAGGAAGAGCCUACCUACAGGACUGCUCUGGUUGUGGCCUGGACCUGUAUUGCCCAUGCUCUUAUCAUGCUGGUCGUUACACUCGCCGUGGGCUUCAGACAGCCAUCUUCGUUGCAAUCCUGGUCGAACUUUUGCGGUGUCACGGCAGCAAUUCUCGCAUCCAUACAAUACUUCCCUCAGAUCUACACUACCCUUAGACUGCGCUGCGUAGGUAGUCUGAGCAUACCAAUGAUGUGCAUCCAGACCCCUGGAGCACUUGUUUGGGCGGGCAGUCUGGCCGCACGUCUAGGCCCCAAGGGCUGGAGCACUUGGGGCAUUUUGAUUGUCACGGCUUUCCUACAAGGCACGCUCCUCGUAUUGUCAGUGUUCUUUGAAUACCUUGGCCCCAACAAGGGCCACGAUCACGUCUACGACAGUGCCAGCGUCGCAAAUCGAACAGGAGCGGACAAUGAAGGUCAGGACGAACGAGACGGCCCAUAUGAGGACACGCCUCUUCUUCAAGAUAGCCGUUGA